UCACGUGCACCUCAUACAGGAGCGGCACACAAGCGUCGUUCAGUUUUCAAUGCAGUUGAGAAUCUUAACGAAUGUGAGAAUGACCAGAUACCUGUUGCAAAGAGAGCCAAGAUUCUGUCAUGGAAAGCAGAAACUGAUGUCGACAUGAAUCCGAAGCCUCUGAGAUUUCUGCCUGCGCGGGAACCUGGGCCGCAGUUAAGUCUCGCUGAGUCGCACUCCCCUUUGAGUCUUUUCAAACUGUUUUUCUCAGAGAGCGCCGUGUCAAAUCUGUGCCACAACACAAACGCUCAGGCUGCCAGGGCACUUGCAAAGGGUCGCAAAUACAGUUGGACAGAUGUCAGCGUUGACGAGAUGUACCGCUACAUUGGACUCGUUUUCUACAUGGCCACGGUGAAGAUGAGCUCCAUCGCCGACUACUGGCGGCAGGACAGUCUUUUCUCUUUGCCUCUUCCUGCCACAGUUAUGUCAAGGGACAGGUACCGCACCAUUUCAUGGAAUUUGCACAUGAGUCACCCAGAUGCAGACAAGGAACAUGACAAAAAGAGGGGCACAGCUGAACAUGACCAACUUUUCAGGAUCAAACCUCUCAUGGACACUAUCCGUCUUGCGUGCAAAACCUUCUAUCAUCCUAGAAGAAAUUUAGCUGUCAGGGAAAGACUGGUGGCAUGCAGAGCAAAUGUAGGAAUGACACGGUUCAUGAAUGCCAAGCCAACAAAGCUGGGCUUCAAGUUUUUUGUCCUUGCUGACUCAUCAAAUGAAUAUACUGUGGACCUCGCUGUGUACACGGGCAAGAACAGCUUUCCUACAGGCCAUGGGAUUUCAUAUAAUGCUGUGAUGUCUCUUCUGGACAAGAAAGUAUUGGGCUCUGGGUACCAUGUUUACAUGGAUGAUUUCUUUGCAAGUCCAAAGCUCUUAACAGACCUGCUUGCUAUGAAGUUUGGUGCUUGUGGGACUUACAGAGACUACAGGAGGGGCUUCCCACAGAGUGCAUCUAAUUCACUGACCAAAAAGUCCACCAGGGGAUCCAUCAGGUGGAUUCGUGAUGGGCCUCUUGUGUGCGUGAAGUGGAUGGACAAAAAAGAGGUGUCUGUUUGUUCCACCAUCCAUGCUGCCUAUACAGGAGACCGUGUGCAAAGAAAAGUGAAAGCACAAGAUACAUGGAGGACAAAGACUUUUCCGUGUCCCGCACCUGCGACUGCGUACAACCACCACAUGGUGGGUACUGAUCUGUCUGAUCAGCUGUUGCAGUACUACACUGCACAGCACAAAACCAUGAAGUGGUACAGAAAAGUCUUUCUACACUUUUUGGACAUUGCUGCCACCAACGCUUUCAUAUUGCAUAAGGAGCUACACGGCAACAUGACACGCAAGGAGUUUAUGGAACAGCUUGUUGCAGAUCUCUGUGGUGUGUCUCAGAAAGAAGCACCAAAACAGACCAGUAUUGACCACGUGCCGGUUCCAGGAGCUGAGCUGACCUCGGAUGUCAGAAAAAUUGCCACUACCGGUCGCCGCAUAUGUGAGCAUUGCAAAGCAGUGUUUGGCAAGAAACAACAGACACCUUGGAAAUGCCAGGCAUGUGACGUUCACUUGUGUCUUCAGUUGAACAGGAACUGUUUCCAGGAAUGGCACAAAGGUGUGUGAGUGUGUUCAAAAUGUGCCUUUAUUCACACACACCCCUCUUUUUUUUUUUUUUUUUGAUUUUAUUGAGUAUGUUGUGCACUAUAUUUGUAAAUAAACUACAAAAAAGUCUCCUCACAUUCUUGCACUUUUUUUUUUUUUUUUUUUUUUUUUUAAUUUUCAUAUUAAUAGACUUAUGAGGGAAUGGAUGAAUAUCUCCCUGGGUGUUGAAUGACCACUGGCACUGUCUUGCAUACUGCCUUUCUAUAACAAGAAAAUCAGCAGUACAGUCUGGGCUGAAUACAGUGUAGUGAGAUGUUUGACCCUAGAAAUCCCACAUUUCAAACAUCCUAUCUCCAAACUGCAGCUAAUGUCUCUGGCAGCAGAAGAAACACCCUGGACUGAUGGUCAGUCCAUCACAGGGCAAACACACAGACAUGCACACAUUCACACCUAAAGACAGUUUAAUGUCUCCAAUUUUAAAAUUAACCAAUGCUACAUGUCUUUGGAUUGUGUGGUGAACCGGAGCACUUGGCGUAAACUCAUGUACGUAGGAAGAGCAUACAAACUACACUACACUACUACAAACAUCACUAACCUAAAAGUGAAAAAUAAAGCAAAUACAUUAAAAUAGACUUACAUGGCUUCCUGACUGCAACAAAGACAAGAAAAAAAAAAAGUAUUUACAAUCAAAGAAAAUAGCACCCAAUCGCUGCAGCCUAUGUGGUGAAGGAAAACAGUGAUAUUUACACCGUUUACAGUGAAGUCAAAGGGCAACACACUUGCCACAAUAAAGAAAAAAGAACAAACUGGUAAACAGAC